AUGAAAGAUCUUGCAGAAGGGCCAUUACAUAUGGUUCAACUCUUUAAUGGAUAUGUCAUAAAUGGUUACAAGUUUCACACUGAAGAAUACGGUUCAAAUAAAUCUACGAUAAAUACUGGUGUAUGCAUCAAGGGCUCUAGCCAUAGUGCAGAUAAUAUUGAUUACUAUGGUCGAUUGAUAGAGAUUUUGCAACUACAGUAUAAUGCAUUACCAUUCAAGCUAACCGUGUUAUUUAAAUGUUCUUGGUUUGAUCCAACACCAAAGCACGCAUCUCAGGUGUAUUCUGAAAUGUAUCCUACUGUAAAAAAGACAGUGAGUGAAUGGUUAGCCAUUUGCCCAAUAAAGGCACACUCUGUUUUAGAUAUUCCCAAAAAAGUAGAGCAACCUCAUACAUUAAAUGUAGCUUUUCAAGAGGAUGAUAGUCAAAUACAUGAGAUUGAUAUUGAUGAAAAUGAAAUACUUAACACAUUGAAUGAUCUAGAUGGUAUGUUUAUUGACAUGGAGGAAGGGGAGGAGGAGGACGAGAAAGAAGUGGAUAAGGAUGAGGAUGAGGAUGAGGACGAGGAUGAGGACAAGGACGGGGACGAGGAUAAUGAUGAAGAUGAGGAUAAGGAAGAGGAUGAUGAUCAUGAUCAUGAUGAUGAUGAUAAUGAGAAGGAGAAGGAAGAAGAUGGGAAGGAAUGUGAACUUCAUAAAAAGAAAAGAAGAAGAAUCUAA